AGUCUUUCGACUCAGUCUCGAGCGCUAGCUGGCAGCCAAACGUACGCGCUCCGGGAUCUUCAGCCAGCGGCCGCCAUCGACGUCGUUUGGGUUCCUCUUGGACUCAUCUGCGCCACUCGCCCGCCACACACUCCGCCUGUCUAAGCCGCCAUCAUGGUGAAGCUCGCCAAGGCUGGUAAAAAUCAAGGUGACCCUAAGAAAAUGGCGCCUCCCCCCAAGGAGGUGGAAGAAGACAGUGAAGAUGAGGAAAUGUCAGAAGAUGAAGAGGAUGAGAGCAGCGGAGAAGAGGUGGUUAUCCCUCAGAAAAAAGGCAAGAAGGCCACCCCAACUCCAGCAAAGAAGGUGAUGGUUUCUCCAGUAAAAAAGGGUGUGGUUGCCACACCAGCUAAGAAAGCAGCCGUCACCCCUGGCAAAAAGGCAGUGGCCACACCAGCCAAGAAAACGGUUACACCAGCCAAAGCGGUAGCAACGCCUGGCAAGAAGGGAGCCACACCAGGCAGAGCGGCUGUGGCCACCCCUGGUAAGAAGGGAGCAGUUGUCCCAGCCAAGGGAGCGAAGAAUGGCAAGAAUGCCAAGAAGGAAGACAGUGAGGAAGAAGACGAAGAUGACAGUGAAGAGGAUGAUGAGGACGACGAUGAUGAAGACGAAGAUGAAUUUGAGCCAGCUGUGAUGAAAGCGGCUGCGCCAGCCUCAGACGACGACGAGGAUGAGGAUGAAGAUGAUGAGGAUGACGACGACGAAGACGAGGAUGAUGAGGACGAGGAUGACUCUGAAGAAGAAGCUAUGGAGACUGCACCAGUCAAAGGAAAGAAACCUCCUGCAAAAGUUGCUCCUGUGAAGGCUAAGAACGUGGCUGAGGAUGAUGAUGAAGAGGAUGAGGAUGACGACGAGGAUGAGGAUGAAGAUGAUGAAGAGGAGGAUGAUGAGGACGAAGAGGAGGAAGAGGAGGAAGAAGAGGAAGAACCUGUCAAAGAAGUACCUGGGAAGCGAAAGAAGGAAAUGGCCAAACAGAAAGCCGCUCCUGAAGCCAAGAAGCAAAAAGUGGAAGCCACAGAACCAACUACGUCUUUCAAUCUCUUCGUUGGAAACCUGAACUUCAACAAAUCUGCUCCUGAAUUAAAAACAGGUCUCAGUGACCUUUUUGCUAAAAACGAUCUUGCUGUUGUGGAUGUCAGAAUUGGUGUGUCUAGGAAGUUCGGUUAUGUGGACUUUGAAUCUGCUGAAGACCUGGAAAAGGCCUUGGAACUCACUGGCUUAAAAAUCUUUGGCCAAGAAAUCAAACUAGAAAAACCAAAGGGAAAAGACAGUAAGAAAGAUCGAGACGCAAGAACACUUUUGGCUAAAAAUCUGCCUUACAAAGUUACUCAGGAUGAAUUAAAAGAAGUAUUUGAAGAUGCUAUGGAGAUCAGAUUAGUCAGCAAGGAUGGAAAGAGUAAAGGGAUUGCUUAUAUUGAAUUUAAAACAGAAGCUGAUGCAGAAAAAACGUUGGAAGAAAAGCAGGGAACAGAGAUAGAUGGACGAUCCAUUUCCCUUUACUAUACUGGAGAGAAAGGUCAAAGUCAAGACCACAGAGGUGGGAAGAACAGCACUUGGAGUGGUGAAUCAAAAACACUGGUUUUAAGCAACCUUUCCUACAGUGCAACAGAAGAAACUCUUCAGGAAGUAUUUGAGAAGGCGACUUUUAUCAAAGUACCCCAGAAUCAAAAUGGCAAAUCUAAAGGGUAUGCGUUUAUAGAAUUUGCUUCAUUUGAAGAUGCUAAAGAAGCUUUAAAUUCCUGUAACAAAAGGGAAAUUGAGGGCAGAGCCAUCAGACUGGAGUUGCAAGGGCCCAGGGCAUCAGCCAACGCGAGAAGCCAGCCAUCCAAAACCCUGUUUGUCAAGGGGUUGUCUGAGGAGACCACGGAGGAGACACUGAAGGAGUCAUUUGAUGGUUCUGUCCGGGCGCGGAUAGUCACCGACCGUGAGACCGGGUCCUCCAAAGGGUUUGGGUUUGUCGACUUCAACAGCGAGGAAGAUGCCAAAGCUGCCAAGGAGGCCAUGGAAGAUGGGGAAAUCGACGGCAACAAAGUCAUUUUGGACUGGGCCAAACCUAAAGGCGAGGGCGGCUUCGGGGGUCGCGGAGGAGGCAGAGGCGGCUUCGGAGGCAGAGGCGGCGGCCGAGGAGGCAGAGGCGGCGGCUUCGGGGGCCGAGGUCGGGGAGGCUUCGGAGGCCGGGGAGGCUUCCGAGGAGGCCGAGGAGGAGGUGGCGACCACAAGCCGCAAGGAAAGAAGACGAAGUUUGAAUAGUUUCUUCUCUCCCUGUCUUUCCUUCUUCCGUUUGAAAGAAAGGACUCUGGGGUUUCUCUGCUCCCUGGUCAGUUGGCCUUUUGAGGACAUUCCAAGGCAGUUUGCAGUCCGGUGGGCGACUCGGAAUCGCAUAGAUGACAUUUCAAAGGGGGACGCCCUGUUGGUUUUGACUGGAUGUUCAUAUAAACUUUUUAAAGAGAUGAGUGAUAGAGCUAACCCUUAUCUGUAAGUUUUGAAUUUAUAUUGUUCUUCCCAUGUACAAAACCAUUUUUUUCCUACAAAUAGGUGUUUUUUGUUUUUGUGUUUUUGCGUUGGGGGGUGUAAAGGAAAGCAGAAUGUUUUAUGAUUUUUGCUUCAGCAACUUUGGGACAAAUUAAAAGUCCUAAACUCUGG